AUGGCGGUGAGGGCGGUGACCAUGCUGGCCGUGGCGGCCCUCGUCGUCGUGGCGGCGGUCCUGGCCGGCGGCGCGUCGGCGCAGUCGACGAGCGGGUGCACGCAGACGCUGAUCGGCAUGUCGCCCUGCCUCAACUACAUCACGGGGAACGAGACGGCGCCGUCCAAGUCGUGCUGCUCGCAGCUCGCCGCCGUGGUGAGCUCCAAGCCGGAGUGCCUCUGCGUCGCGCUCAACGCCGACCCUGCCGCGCUCGGGCUCGGCACCGUCAACAAGACCCGCGCCCUCGGCCUCCCCGACCAGUGCGGCGUCAAGACGCCCCCGCUCAGCAACUGCGCCUCUGCCCCCACCGCGUCGCCGUCCUCCGGCUCGCCGGCGGGACAGACGCCAACAUCCUCCGGGGCAGGGUCCAAGUCGACGCCGACGGCCGAUGUGGGGAGCGGAGGCGGGUCGCUCCAGAGCUCGGCCGGCAUCGUCGCCGGGUUCAUCGUGGCGGCGGUCUACGCCGUGUCCGCCAUGUGA